AUGGCGUUCUCAGGGAUGCGAUGGGGUGAUGAAGAGGACGACCUACUACCACAACGCACGGAGAGUGAACCCGAUUCAAACGGCGUCCGUCAGAUUAUUGAGUGGAAAGUGAAUGAGGCUGGCGAUAAAGUGAAGAUCAUCAAGAAGGUCAAGAAAGUGACGGAGGUUGAACGCAUCAGCAAGCGCGCUCUCGAGCGUAAAAAGUGGGCCAAAUUUGGUGACGCUUUGAACGAUGGCGAUGGAAGCAAUGUUACUUAUAUGUCGUAUGAAGAAGUCAAGCUUGAUGACCCUAACGCGGAUCAGGUGCUGCCCGGUGAGAAGAAAGAGGAGGAGAACAUUUUUGCUGGUGUCAAAAAUUCGUCUAUCGUGGUCUGUCGCCAUUGUGGCAUGGUGGGUGACCACUGGACGCUUAAGUGUCCGUAUAAAGAUACACCUAAAGAUGAGCUGGAGCAAGAUAUGGCCAAGCGCGCCGAGUCUGGUGAGACCGCAGAAGCAGCAGCCUCAUCCGCUAAUCUCGGUGCGCGUAGCUCUGCUUUAGAUGACGCCUCUGGCCCCAGCAAGUACGUACCGCCCGGUCUUCGUGGUCGUGUAGGUGCCACUGGUGGUGAUGCUGGUGGCGAUAAUGCACGCGACGACAGCGCGACGCUACGUGUGACUAACGUAUCGCCAGACACACGCGAAGACGAUCUUAAGGAGCUGUUUCGCGCUUUUGGCCCUGUAUCCCGUGUGUAUUUGGCUAAAGACCGUGAAACGUUCCAGUCCCGUGGUUUUGCUUUUGUGAGCUUCAUGUAUCGAGAAGAUGCAGAGAAGGCCUUGAACAAAUUGCAGGGCUACGGCUAUGAUCACUUGAUUCUUAAGCUGGAGUGGGCCAAGCCUUCGACUAAACCCGCAAAUGAAGAUGCUGGUAGCAUGGGCACUACUUUCCGCUCUGGUUACGGAAAGGCUUUGCCACAGAACGUAGCCCCUCCUCCACGCAAGUAA